CUGUCCUUUUUAUUGAAGGAACCUGAUCAGAUCUGUAGCAACUCCAUUCCACCUUAAAUCCAGGGAGACGUUGACUCUGCUCAGCCGGCCUGAAGGAGGUUUAGCUACCCAUAAAAGGCCACGAUGCUCCGAGGAGAGGAUGGAGGAGGGUUGGACACAGCAGAGGACAAGGCGAGGACGGAGGGAGAGGGAAAGGAGAGUUUAGAGAAGACAAAAAUAGGAGAGGAAGGAAUGCCAGAGGAAAUGAAAGAGGAGCCGAGAGAGAGAGCGAUCCGUCAGCCAAAGCAAACACAGGAAACGCAGAAGGAACGUCUUUUCACACCAACUGAGGGGAGAUCCUUCAGAGGUGAUAUCACCCAGAAGGGUUAUGAGAAGAAGCGGUCCAAGCUGAUCGGAGCUUAUUUCCCUCAGACACCAGGAACCGACCCAUCCAUGGACAGGAGAACCCCCGUCACCCCGUCCUCACGGUACCACCGCCGCCGGUCCUCCGGAUCCAGAGACGAACGCUACCGAUCAGAUGUUCACACUGAGGCGGUUCAGGCGGCGCUGGCCAAGCAUAAAGAAAGAAAGAUGGCGGUUCCGAUGCCGUCGAAGCGGCGCUCGCUGGUGGUCCAGACCUCCAUGGACGCCUACACGCCUCCAGACACCUCCUCGGGCUCGGAGGGUGAAGGCCAGGGUGACGAGGACGAAGGAAGAGACGACGAGGAAGAGGAAGGAGGAGGCGGCGGGGGGACGUCGUCCAGCCAGGAGGGCAGCAUCAGCAUGGAGCACUGGAUCAGCCGGGCCAUCCACGGGACCUCCUCCACCACCACCACCGCCUCCUCGUCCUCCUCCUCUACGCGAAGCGGCGGCAGCGGUGCCGCCGGCGGCAGGCUGGCCGACGUCCUGGCCCAGCAGGUCCACAUCUCCACCCAGCACCACCUCCGCCACCACCACCACCACCACCGCCACAAGACAGAGAACUACUCGGCUCCUCCAGACGUCACCGGUUACACCAACAACACCGACGGCAUCCAGGUGGAGAGAACGCCGGCCGCCGGGACCGGAACCGGAACCCCGAGACCGUCGCCCCGGUACGGCAACGCCGAGCUGAUGGAGACGGGAGAUGGAGUUCCCGUCAGCAGCAGAGUUUCAGCCAAAAUCCAGCAGCUGGUCAACACCCUGAAGAGACCCAAGAGGCCACCGCUCAGGGAGUUCUUCGUGGACGACUUCGAGGAGCUUCUGGACGUCCAGCAGCCGGACCCCAACCUGCCCAAAGCUGAAGGUGCCCAGAUGGUGGCGCUGCGAGGAGAGCAGCUGGGCGUGGUCACCAACUGGCCUCCAUCCCUGGAGGCGGCGCUGCAGCGCUGGGGAACCAUCUCCCCAAAAGCCCCCUGCCUCAGCACCAUGGAUACCAACGGAAAACCCCUCUACGUCCUCACAUACGGUAAACUCUGGUCCCGUAGUGUGAAGGUGGCUUUCAACCUGCUGUACAAACUGGGAACCAAACAGGAACCACUGGUCCGACCUGGGGACCGGGUGGCGCUGGUCUUCCCCAACAACGACCCGGCUGCCUUCAUGACGGCGUUCUAUGGCUGCCUGCUGGCUGAGGUCGUUCCGGUUCCGAUAGAGGUUCCUCUCUCCAGGAAGGACGCCGGCAGCCAGCAGAUCGGCUUCCUGUUGGGCAGCUGUGGAGUGACGGUGGCUCUGACCAGCGACGUUUGCCACAAAGGGCUUCCCAAGAGCCCCACCGGAGAGAUCCCACAGUUCAGAGGCUGGCCCAAAGUGCUGUGGUUCGUCGCCGAGUCCAAACAUCUGUCCAAACCGCCCCGAGACUGGUUCCCUCACAUCAAGGACGCCAACCAGGACACGGCCUACAUCGAGUAUAAGACGUGUAAAGACGGCAGCGUCCUCGGCGUGGCGGUGACCAGGGUGUCCAUGCUGACUCACUGUCAGGCCUUAACUCAGACCUGCUCGUACUCAGAAGCUGAGACUGUGGUGAAUGUUCUGGACUUCAAGAAGGAUGUGGGGCUGUGGCACGCCGUCCAGACGAGUGUGAUGAACAUGAUGCACGUCAUCAGCAUCCCCUACGCUCUGAUGAAGGUCAACCCUCUGUCCUGGAUCCAGAAGGUCUGCCAGUACAAAGCUAAGGUGGCCUGUGUGAAGUCUCGGGACAUGCACUGGGCUCUGGUGGCCCAUCGGGACCAGCGAGACAUCAACCUGAGCUCCCUGAGGAUGCUGCUGCUGGCCGACGGGUCCAACCCCUGGUCCAUCUCGUCCUGCGAUGCUUUUCUCAACGUCUUCCAGACCAAAGGACUGAAACCGGAGGUGAUCUGCCCAUGUGCCAGUUCACCUGAAGCCCUGACGGUGGCCAUACGCAGGCCGCUGGAGGACGGCAGCUCCCCGCCGGGUCGAGGUGUUCUCUCCAUGCAGGGUCUGAGCCACGGUGUGAUCCGGAUCGACUCGGAGGAGAAGCUGUCGGUUCUGACGCUGCAGGACGUUGGAUCGGUGAUGCCUGGAGCUACGAUGUGUGCGGUGAAGCCUGAAGGCGUCCCUCAGCUCUGUAAAACUGAUGAGAUCGGAGAGUUGUGUGUUUGUACUGUUGCCACGGGAACCUCCUAUUAUGGUCUGGCUGGCAUGACCAAGAACACCUUCGAGGUGUUCCCGGUCUCCACUAGCGGCUCUCCCAUCACCGAGUUCCCCUUCACCAGAACCGGCCUGCUGGGCUUCAUCGGACCUGCAGGCCUCAUAUUUGUUGCCGGGAAGAUGGACGGUCUGAUGGUGGUCGGAGGACGGCGGCACAACGCCGAUGACAUCGUUGCCACGGCGCUGGCUGUGGAGCCAAUGAAGUUCGUCUACAGGGGCAGGAUAGCGGUGUUUUCCAUCACGGUGCUUCAUGACGAGAGGAUCGUGGUUGUAGCUGAGCAACGGCCGGACUCUACGGAGGAGGACAGUUUCCAGUGGAUGAGCAGAGUUCUGCAGGCGAUAGACGGGAUCCACCAGGUGGGCGUCUACUGUCUGGCCCUGGUUCCCUCCAACACUCUGCCCAAGACUCCACUGGGAGGAAUCCACCUGUCCGAAACCAAGCAGCUCUUCCUGGAGGGGGCGCUGCACCCCUGCAACGUGCUCAUGUGUCCACACACCUGCGUCACCAACCUGCCCAAACCCCGGCAGAAGCAGCCAGAGAUCGGUCCGGCCUCAGUCAUGGUGGGGAACCUGGUGUCGGGGAAGAGGAUCGCUCAGGCCAGCGGCAGAGAUCUUGGUCAGAUCGAAGACAACGACCAGGCAAGGAAGUUCCUCUUCCUGUCGGAGGUGUUGCAGUGGAGAGCUCAGACGACUCCAGAACACGUCCUGUUCACGCUGCUCAACUCCAGGGGAACCGUCUCCAGCUCUCUGACCUGCAUGCAGCUUCACAAGAGGGCCGAGAAGAUCGCCGCCCUGCUGGCUGAGCGAGGACACCUGCAGGACGGAGACCACGUCGCUCUCGUCUACCCUCCAGGCAUCGACCUGAUCGUGGCGUUUUACGGCUGCCUGUAUGCCGGAUGUGUUCCCAUCACAGUGCGACCGCCUCAUCCUCAGAACAUCAGCACCACGCUGCCCACCGUCAAGAUGAUCGUGGAGGUGAGUCGCUCCGUCUGCGUCAUGACGACUCAGCUGAUUUGUAAACUGCUUCGGUCCAAAGAGGCUUCAGCUGCUGUCGACGUCCGGACCUGGCCCCCGGUACUGGACACAGACGAUCUGCCAAAGAAGAAGCCUCCUCUGCUCCACAAACCGUCCAACCCCGACACUCUGGCCUACCUGGACUUCAGCGUCUCCACCACCGGGAUGCUGGCUGGAGUUCAGAUGUCCCACACCGCCACCAGUGCCUUCUGCCGGUCCAUCAAGCUGCAGGGUGAACUGUACCCGUCCAGAGAGGUGGCCAUCUGCCUCGACCCCUACUGUGGCCUCGGCUUCGUCCUCUGGUGCCUGUGCAGUGUCUACUCAGGUCACCGGUCCAUCCUGAUCCCUCCGUCGGAGCUGGAGCUGAACCCGUCCCUGUGGCUGUGGUCCAUCAGCCAGCAGAAGGUCCGGGACACCUUCUGCUCCUACAGUGUCAUGGAGCUCUGCACCAAAGGCCUGGGCCUGCAGACCGACGCCCUGAAGUCUCGUGGUCUGGACCUGUCCCGGGUCAGAACCUGUGUGGUGGUGGCUGAGGAGCGUCCCCGGAUCGCCUUGACCCAGUCCUUCUCCAAGCUCUUCAAGGACCUUGGCCUCCAUCCGCGAGCCGUCAGCACCUCGUUCGGCUGCAGGGUGAACCUGGCCGUCUGCCUGCAGCCUCACAGGCUGGGAAAGCUGGUCGACCAGGGCACCUCAGGACCCGACCCCACCACCGUGUUCGUGGACAUGAGGGCGCUGCGACACGACAGGGUCCGGCUGGUGGAGCGGGGGUCACCUCACAGUUUACCUCUGAUGGAGUCUGGGAAGAUCCUGCCGGGAGUCCGAAUCAUCAUCGCCAACCCAGAGACCAAGGGACCAAUGGGAGAGUCACAUCUGGGGGAGAUCUGGGUCCACAGCGGUCAUAACUCCAGUGGUUACUUCACCGUCUACGGAGACGAGACGCUGCAGUCUGACCACUUCAGCUCCAGACUGAGCUUCGGAGACACUCAGACCAUCUGGGCCAGAACCGGGUACCUGGGGUUCCUCCGCAGAACCGAGCUGACCGACGCCAGCGGAGAACGUCAUGAUGCCCUCUACGUGGUCGGAGCUCUGGAGGAAGCCAUGGAGCUCCGAGGGAUGAGGUACCACCCCAUCGACAUCGAGACCUCCGUCAUCAGGACGCACAAGAGCAUCACGGAGUGCGCCGUGUUCACGUGGACCAACCUGCUGGUGGUGGUGGUGGAGCUGGACGGCUCGGAGCAGGAGGCCCUGGACCUGGUCCCGCUGGUCACCAACGUGGUCCUGGAGGAGCACUACCUGAUUGUGGGCGUGGUGGUGGUGGUCGACAUCGGCGUCAUCCCCAUCAACUCCCGCGGCGAGAAGCAGCGGAUGCACCUGAGAGAUGGCUUCCUGGCCGACCAGCUGGAUCCCAUCUAUGUGGCCUACAACAUGUAGCGCCCCCUGGUGGCCUACAGCAUGUAGCAUAGCGCCCCUUGGUGGAGCUGCAACAUGUAGCGUAGCACCCCCUGGUGGAGCUGCAACAUGUAGCACCCCCUGGUGGAGCUGCCAGAAGCUUAUGGAUUCUUACCACCCUGAUCUCCGUCUGCCAGGCGGAUCUUCCUCCCAGGCGGUUCGUCUUCAUCGUCCAGUAGGAGGCAGCAGAUUCUGACUUUUAAACCCUCGCCUUUUAUUUUGCUUUCUGUUUUUAGCACGUCCUCCAUAAAGUUCAUUCUAUUUUUUCCACAACGAUCUUUACACAACAAACUGAUAUUCUGCAUUUUUACGACAUCGACCGUUUUGAUACGAGGGAAUCUUUCCCUCCGUUUACCGGGAGGUACGUUAGCUUUACGUUAGCUUCACGUUUUAUUUCUGAGCUCCUUUCAUUCAGGAACAGCUUUACUUUUCAAACUCACAUCAUGUAAGUAUGUACAAAAAGAAGCGGAUUAAUUUAUUUUGUUCCUCUUUUAGAACUAUAUGACGAGAUGUUCAAGAAUGGUUUGCUCUUGAAUCUUUGCUAAUAUAAGAAAUAAAAAGCAACGUAUUAUCUGGGGGGAAACAGAAGUUUAUAGAUUCUAUUAAAGGAGGGUUCAGGAUUAAACUAAAGCAGUUCAACGUGUCAACGGACGAUGAGUUUUAUUCCAGAUUCUGAUCCACAGACGUCCAGUUUGACUCCAGUCACCUGGAAAAGGACUUUUCUACUUUAAUUCUGACUUGUCGUAGUUUUAGUUCAUCAGAUGAACAUUUUCCUUUUUUAUGACGUGUAAACUGGUCAGAAUAAAGCUGUAGAUAUGUUAAGGUGGAAUUCUGCAGAACCAUCACAGCAGCUUGAUGCAAUAAUCACAGAUAUUGAUCUGAUAAUGAAUGAAUUAAACCUGAUAAUCAGACUUCAUAUCAGGAGUGAAGCUUUUUUAAAAUUCUGAAAUGUUUUCAGGUGGUUUUGAACAGAAAUGUUGAGUUUUAUUCGUAUUUUAUGAACAUUUCUGUUCCUGAACUAAAGGUAAAAUCUUAUUUUAACUGAACUCCUGAGUUUUGAAGGCACAGAUUGUAGUUUUAAAUCAGAAUAAAUGAAGUUUCCUUCAAGCGUUUGCUGCCCCCGUGUGGCGACCAGGGGAACCUCUGGAUCAAAACUCUUUCUGGGUUUCUGGAAUAGAACUCGUCGGUCCGGUCGAGCGUUCUUGCGGCUGGGAAAAGGUUCUUUAGUCUGUAGAGUUUUUAAUCAGAGACCCUUUAACUCUUCAGGCAGAAUGUUCUAGUUUAAAGAGAAAAGCACUUUCUUCACCAUAUGUUUCUUUUAUCAGCAGAAUGUUUGUCCCAGGUUUGUUUUUUUAAAAAAGGUUUUAAAAACGUCUUAUUUGAGUCGACAUCAAGUCUUUCAGUUUAAUAAAAAGAUUUCAACAGUUUUGACAAUAAA